GAGUAGUGCACGGCCUUGAAACGUACAACAUAUGUUAUGAUAGAAGUAUUGAAAACGCAGAGAAAUUGACCAGGGACCACAGAGAGCGACAGUACGGCUUAACAAAUAGGCGGAUUGGGAUUACUGACUCAGUCCAAUAACUCCUUUGGGGAACAACUUUCUCAGACAACUUAAUUGCACACCGCACGUCGUUGUUUUUGGACAAGUUUAGACCGGUUAGUUAAUUCUUGUGACGCUGAUGACUCUUCUGUGGAAAUGAGUUUUCAUACAACUUCUCUACUACUCCUCGGCCUAGCUGUCCACCACGUGCGCGUUCAGAGUUGUCCAAUAGAGAUAAAGUGCACGGGAGGGCGAACGAGCUUUAAGUCAAUAUAGGCAGGAUCUACAGAGAAAUGUGCAAAUCUAAUUAGUUUCCGAGGUCGGGCGUGUGUCAGCCGGGGUCUAAAUAGCUCGUCACAGAUCCGUUCUAAAGUGGUAGUGAAGCGUGAUUCAGCGGCUGUGUGCCAUCGUCACAGAUAACUGUCUACACACGGAACAUGGAAUUACGUGGACUGUACCUGCUGUCUUUGAUGCUUGUGUUUACAUAUGCAAACGAAGACUGUCCUCGACGGAUUGACAAAAACAAUGGCCGCACAUGUAAGAAGAAGUGCCAAAACGGGACUUGUGUGAGUCCCCGCAAAGACUGUCUCUGCGAUGGAGCGUGUGGUAAAAGCUGUAUCCUCAGAAAUAUGAAGUGUACGACUCUACAGAAGCGGAUCCCGCACGGGUCUGUCCAGGUCGUACCAUACAACAUGUUCGGUGCGGUGGCGCGCUACUCCUGUGACGACGGAUACGAGAUUAGUGGCGUGGCCAGACGUGUUUGUCAGGGCGAUGGAAAGUGGAGCAACGAAGAACCGGAAUGUAUCGUCAGUUCCGAAGUCGCAGUAAACACUGAAUGUGGACCUCCUCCAGUGGUCCACAAUGCCAGGCAUGACCGAGAGCCGUGGCGGAUGUCUUAUGAACAAGGAGUCAUGCUGCAGUACGAGUGUGAUUCCGGCUUCACAUCAAACAGGGGCAGUAUUUUCCGGGCCUGGUGUGUCCGGAGUGGAUGGGUGGGACCCAACAUGACAUGUAGUCACGCCGGCUGUCCCCUAAACAACACGACUAUUGAGAACGGAGGGAUUAUCCCUCCAAGUCAGAUAACAACGGGCGCCAAACUGCAAUACUUCUGCAAACACGGCUUUUUCUUGGCUGGACGAGAAGAGCGUGAGUGUCUCGCGGAUGGCACGUGGGGAGGUCGUGAGCCGAGUUGCGAGAAAGUAACGUGUGGACCUCCACCGAUCAUCGAGCACGCCAUCAUUAUGGAUAUUGAGACCGGUGGAACGUUUUCAUCCGGGCAACAGUUAACGUAUGCUUGUGACCAGGGUUACGAUAUGGAAGGCGAUCCGAGAGCGAUGUGUAACACGGACGGCGAUUGGACAUGGCUAGGAAUCAGACUAAUGUGUAGACCUAUCAAUUGUGGGUUCCCCGGGAACCUGGUCAACGGCUGGCAGUCUGGUCAUCGCUUCUUCUUCGGGGAGACGGUCAACUACCAUUGUAACGAGGGAUACGAACUGAUCGGGCAGAGGACCCGGACAUGUGAAGAAAACAAGAAAUGGUCAGGAUUUCUUCCCAAGUGUAUAGCUGUGGAGUGCCCGAUUUUGCGAGCGCCUCUCGACGGUACGAUGGUUGGUUCCGGGAAUGCAUUCGGGACUGUUCUACGGUUCGAGUGCAUCGAGGGAUUUAAGAUGUCAGGUUCUAUAGAGAGGCGUUGUCAGGCAGACCGAACGUGGAGCGGCGAACCCGUCCUCUGUCAAGAGGUAAACUGUCGCCUGCCCGAGCCGUUCUAUAAUGGCUACGUCCUGGGCGAAACAACGACCGUCGGGUCAGAGCUUUUCUUCAGCUGUAAUGUUCGUACCAAUUUUGAGGGAGAUUCACUGUCCACGAGAUGUUUGGAGACCGGGGAAUGGUCUGACCGAAUACCUACUUGCUGGGGGCAGUGCGAAGUCCCCACUAUAUUGAACGCCUCUUUAGAAAAGUACAAAGAGGGUGAAUGGGUGCGGAGUGGCCGAGAUCUGGAGUAUCAAUGUAAAAACGGCCUCGUUCCCGAUGUAACCAAUCGUGUGAGAUGUUACAACGGAACUUGGACGUCACAGCCACGCUGUGUACCAGCGGCUUGUCCCCAGCCCCCACCACACGUUGACUACGGUCUGCGAGUUUUUGACGGUUUACGGCACAACAGCCGAGCAAAAUACAUCUGUAGGAAUGGUUUCCGGCUCCGGGGCAUGCCCGCCGACAACUCCUUCCUCACCUGUAAAUUUGGUUUAUGGACGGGAGGAAAACCAGUCUGUGAGGAAUUUUAUUGUCCAAACCCUGGAACGAUUGCAAAUGGAAAAAUUUACAAGAAUGGUCUUCGGGCAAUAUUUGAUUUCCGACAUUACAUAAAAACAAUCCGACAUGGAGACCGGAUCCUCUUCAAAUGUAAGGAGGGCUUCGUGCUAGAAGGACCAAGUGGUGCCACAUGUGUCAAUGGACAAUGGCGCCCACCAAUUAGUGACCCGGAUCACAAAUGCAAACCCGCCACACAUGCGCCGUUCCCAAAACUGUGGAUACCAUUGGAGGAAAUGCCUGAAACGUAAUCCCGCAAUGUUGAUUUGUGUACAAAGUGAUGGGUAGCAGGGGAAUUUCAACUGUGAUUUCAAAUAUUACGCAUGUACUCUUUCUUGAAUUACUUUGCUGAAUAAAUUUGAUGUCACUUACAUGCUAUGGGCGAUAACUCGAAAUGCCUCCAUUAUAAACCACUCUAUUACAGGCUUUGAGAAAACAACUUUUUUCUGAAUUAUAGAAUUUAUCAUAGAAGUAUAAAGGUCAGCAUCAACCUAGAUGUUUGUGUAUUGUAAUUAGUCUGUUAGAGUGUAAGUCGACGAUCUUUUUACAAAUAUUAUCAUUGUGUGAUGUAAUAUAAAUAGCGCCUGUAUCAAAAAUAUAAUGAUGAGUUUAUAUGGCGUCUCGUUUACGGAUUAUUGAUUAUAUUAGUGGUGAGAACAAAAACAUAGUCCUAGCACUCACUUAUAAAAGGUCUUUAAUGGAACCCGGGACAGGUGCACGUUUUCGUCGGAGUUAUAAUUUUUAUAUAUUUUCAUGUAUUCUGUGUAUAUUGUCAUACAGAAACUGAUUAGUUUGAAGUGUACUUACGUCAUCAUAUUGUACCAUCAUGUUGUACAUUGUUUCUGUAAUACACAUCUGCUCCCCAUUGUCAUAUUUCCAUAAUAUCAAACCAUUUUAUCAGUGACAUAAACGACAUCAAUCAAAAUACGUGUAAUAAUUGAAUAUUGAUUUAAAGGUAAAACAAUUUUACACGAGCUGGUGUUUCCACGGAAACGAGUUAAUAUGCAUUUUUUUAAUCUUCACCAAUAGUUUAAUUGCUUAUUUUGUUUUUAUUAUAAAACGCCCCACGUAAACUGUUCAUUUUCUAUCCCCAUGAUGACGUCAUACUAUAAAAUAGAAGUCUAUGAUGUCAUUUUAUAAUAAUAUGAUGACGUGAUACCGUUUUAAAUGAUGUAUAUGCAAUAAUAACAGUUAAAUCAUGUGAUAAAUCAAAAUAUACAAAAUACUUUUGACCAUAUGAAAAUACAUGUUUGUAUAAUUCAAUGUAAUUUUUAAAAUCAUAUCUCUCGUUCAUGUCGCUUUUUAACUUCUCCACUGCAUUCUCGUGUACCUAUCUUUGUUGUUUGAGCAAGAAUAUCAUCUACAUAUUUUUCGGUUAAUUUAACCAAACCAUAUAACAUAUGUUAGGACAUUGCGACAUACAAGAUACCAUUAUUUUACAAAAUCUUAUAUCAUUAGAUAUAUAAAUACUGAUAGAUGUUCAUUAGAUAUAUAAAUACUGAUAGAUGUUCAUUAGAUAUAUAAAUACUGAUAGAUGUUCAUUAGAGAUAUAAAUACUGAUAGAUGUUCAUUAGAUAUAUAAAUACUGAUAGAUGUUCAUUAGAGAUAUAAAUACUGAUAGAUGUUCAUUAGAUAUAUAAAUACUGAUAGAUGUUCAUUAGAGAUAUAAAUACUGAUAGAUGUUCAUCAGAUAUAUAAAUACUGAUAGGUGUUCAUUAGAUAUAUAAAUACUGAUAGAUGUUCAUCAGAUAUAUAAAUACUGAUAGGUGUUCAUUAGAUAUAUAAAUACUGAUAGAUGUUCAUUAGAUAUAUCAAUACUGAUAGAUGUUCAUUAGAGAUAUAAAUACUGAUAGAUGUUCAUUAGAUAUAUAAAUACUGAUAGAUGUUCAUUAGAGAUAUAAAUACUGAUAGAUGUUCAUUAGAGAUAUAAAUACUGAUAGAUGUUCAUUAGAUAUAUAAAUACUGAUAGAUGUUCUUUAGAGAUAUAAAUACUGAUAGGUGUUCUUUAGAUAUGUAAAAAUAAUAGAUGUUCAUUUGAGAUAUAAAGAAUAACAUAUGUUCAUUAGAGAAAUGAAGAAUAACAUAUGUUCAUUAGAGAAAUGAAGAAUAAUAGAUGUUCAUUAGAGAAAUGAAGAAUAAUAGAUGUUCAUUAGAAAUAUAAUUACUGAUAGAUGUUGUUUAGAUAUAUAAAAAUAAUACAUGUUCAUUUGAGAUAUACAGAAUAAUAGAUGUUCAUUAGAGUUAUAAAGAAUAGGAGAUGUUCAUUAGAGAUAUACAUGUAAAGAUUAUUAGAUAAUUAGAGAUAUAAAGAAUAAUAGAUAAUUAGAGAUAUCAAGAAUAAAAGAUGUUCAUUAGAGAUAUAAAGAAAAGAAGAUGUUCAUUAGAGAUAUAAAGAUUGAUAAAUGUUCAUUAGAGAUAUCAAUAAUAUUAGAUGUUCAUUAGAGAUAUCAAUAAUAUUAGAUGUCCAUUAGAGAUAAAGAAAAUAAUAGAUGUUCAUUAGAGAUAUAAAGAAUAAUACAACCUGUAGAUGUUCAUUAGAAAUAUAAAGAAUAAUAGAUGUUCAUUAGAGAGAUAAAGAAUAUUAGAUGUUCAUUAGAAAUAUAAAGAAUAUAUUAUAUAAUUAGAGAUAUAAAGAAUAAUAGGUGUCCAUUAGGGAUUUAAAGAAUAAUAGAUGUUCAUUAGAGACAUAAAGAAUGAUAGAUAAUCAUAAGAGAUAUAAAGAAUGAUAGAUAAUCAUAAGAGAUAUAAAGAAUAGUAGAUGAUCAUUAGAGGUAUAAGAAUAAUAGUUAUAAGGAUAACCAUAUGUUUAACUGUCAUAAAAUAGUACAACACGUCUUCUCGUGACACCUUGUGAAGUAAUCAUUCAGUCACGUAGUAAAUAUUGUCAUGGAAACAUUAUGUCAUGAAAGUCGAUAACAACAGGUUUAAUACCAGAACUAUUUUGCUAAAUAUACGUGUAAUUGUCGUAUUUUUGAUAAUUAAAACAUUUGUGACUUUUUUGAG